GACCAUACAUUAUAGUACGCUAUCUCAGGCAACUUCUUGUGGAUCACGCUCUCAGCAGCAACUAUUUGCCUCUUCUCCCUCCUUGCUAUCAUGUCCCUCCUCCAUUGGAGCGUCACAAACUUCGAGCAAGACCUCGCAUCCACCUUUAUUGCUAUCCAAGAUACACUUCGCAUGGGUCUCGCCCUCGCGUUUCCUCACCCGAAUGACCCACCUGAUCACGAGCAAUACCAGUGGCUCAAGGAUGACCUACUCAGUCGCUCUAUCAAGCUUAGCGAGAACUACUCGCAAGCUGCGUUCGAGCUACGUAUUGGCAGGCUAAGUCUGCGCUCUAUUCGUCCCUUAAUUGGGACUGUCGAACAUCUGAGACGUGAACUUGCCUGGGGCAUGCCUCUGCGUGAACGCACCCUCCUCAUACGACACCGCCAAUCACAUUUCAUGUCCCGUGGCAGCACAGGCGCAGACGACUACUUUGACUCCCCUACUGUGUCACCGCACGGUACAAUCCGCGCUGGCCAGGACUUCUCCGCGUCACCCCCAGCGACCCCUCUUCCCAGUUCGUCUCGACCUUCUCAGCUUAAGUGUCCGGUAGCCGAAGCUCUUGAAAGACCCGCCCAAGCUCUCGGUAGGACACUGUGCGAGGCCAUGUCGGUCGUCGAGCGCACAGUUAUCCUCGCCUUCCACCAAGCUGAUCCGCCUGCACGCCUAUUCUCAUGGCGCGAACGCGAGACAUGCACGCCCCCGAUCAACAAGGAGGAGCCGACAAGUAACGCCAGCGAUGUUUCAGUGCUGCCCACUGGCCGUUGGACAUUCUGCCAGACAGUGGCAAUCCAGAAAGCAGAGAGCGAUUUGUUUGCAGCGAGGGACAAUGCGUGUGAGGAGCUACAGAGGUUGUUCAGAGGACUUCAUACAAGUCUCUGCACGCAUCAUAGGGGUCGGUCGUACUUGUCCAAAGAGGCAUCAACAUCUUGCCUGGCAAUGAUUGCGCUGCUACAGAUGGCCCAAGAAAUUCUCGUAGCCCUUCAAGUUGCACAACGCUUUACCACCUCCUACGAAAAUUCUCGUCCUCGCCUCUGGUACCCGCGCGUCAGCCUCGCCUGGCUCGGUGUACCACCCGGUCCCUUCAUCUCCGAUGAUCCGAACGCACAGAGCACGCUACUCACCGCUGACGAUAGUGCUGUCGCGCCCGUGACAUACAACAAGCAUAUCGCGCCUGAGUGGAAGCAAGGCCUUCGCGAGCACGCGUGCGGCGUGGACGUGCGCCGCUCCGCGAUAAAGACCGCCCGCAUGCGCGGUACUCGCAAGGACAGCGACGACCGAGAUCCCAAACACUCAGAGCGAGGUCGGUUUCGGAAUGUAGCGCACUGGAUACAUUAUGCGUGGUCGAAUACCAAGACGUUGAGACUUAGGCUAAGGCUGUGGAAAGUUCUGAAGGCGACGCAGCGUUCGAGCCACCUCAGGCACGCGCUAAAGAACGCAAGUGGCGUUGCGCUACUGUCCUUGGCAGCCUUCCUGCCGAAGCGCACCGGAGGCCCUGAAUGGUUCCUUGCUGUCCACGGGCAAUGGAUGGUGAUCAGCUAUCUGUGGGUGCUCGAAACAAAUCUCGGUGCCACAUGGAGGAUAGGCUACAUGCGUAUCGUGGGAACCUGCCUUGGAGCCAUAUACGCAUACAUCGCUUGGCUUAUUGUGCAUCGCAAUCCUUAUGGGCUGGUAACGCUCGUCACGGUGGCUGACCUUCCUGUGACGUGGCUCAUCACGCGAACGAACUUGGGACCGCUCGCAGUACCUUGCUCUGUAACGAUACCCCCAAUUAUCUUUGCAAAGUACAUUAGCCCCUAUUCCGGUGCUACUGUAAUUAAACUCGCCCUCCUUCGCGCGGGCAUGAUAUCCCUCGGCAUGGUCGUAGCGCUACUCAUGAACAGCCUGAUAUUCCCUAGACACUCACGUUCUUAUUUCUUAUCUGAUAGCAGCCGCACACUCGGCCUACUUACGGACUUAUACCUCAGUCUGAGCCACGACAUGUCCCACGAAAAAUACGUAGUGACGAGCGACGAGCGACGCAAGACGUUGAAGCUCGAGCUCGAGAUUCAGAAUGCGCUUCAUCGUCUUGCGACACACAUCACAACUAUGCACAAUGAAUUGGACCUGCUACCAAAACCCUUGCGACACUACCGUCGCGUAGUCAUCGUGCUACAAAAUAUAUUUGACCUCAUGACAGGUCUCAGAAAAAUCCGGAAGAGCAUCCCGCGCAAGCUCACCGUAGCUGAAGUUUUCAAAGAAAGACGUGAAUUCAUGUCUUGCGUAUGUAUUACGCUCUUUGCUUGUCAACAUGCCUUCCGCGCGCGCGAACCGCUCCCACAGUACCUCCCCUCCGCACGACGCGCGUUCGAAUUGCUCGAGGACCACGUACGGAAGCGCAUCAACCAGGCGCGGGAAGCCGACCCCGAGGUGCUGGGCCUCUCGCUCGUGUACGCAUUCGCCGAGCAGCAGGUGAUGCGCAACAUGAUAGACGCGCUCGAGGGGCUGCUCGAGCUCACGGGCAGCCUCUUUGGCACAUCGACGUGGCUAACCGCACAAAGCACACAAGUGCCAUGUACGUCGACUCGCUACGACGAGGAGGCCGACCACGGCUGGUACAGUACAUUCCGCUGGGAAGAGGUGUGAAGAGUGGCAUUGCACGCAGAGAGUACAAGAACGAACAUGCUGUAGUGUACUACUAAGUGGUGUCCGGUGCUACACAAGGUGUCUACAUGGUGAUUAUGCCUAGUUAAGGCAGAGCAUAGGUUGCCGGACGUAUACAAUAGAGUGUGAUUAUACUCUCGGAGAUCACAGAUGAAUACAUAGAGAUGUUUACAAGAAAGAAAAAAUGGGGAAGCGAGCCCGCUCUAUUUCACUUCUUCCUUUUCGAUGUAGGCUUGGACGCGUUGCCCGGGUAAUCGUAGCUGUCGUGUAGCUGGGCAAUCGACGGCGGCUUCGAUCUUGUCCCCAAAGCGUUCUUCGGCGUUGGCCUGAACAGUCCUUAGGUUAGCACAAGCGCAAUGUGUCUCGGAUGCCGCAACUUGGGACGUCCUCACUUCCGCUUAGGUUGCAGGGGGUUUGGCGGAAGAAGAGACUUAUUGUUAAGACAUAUGUUGGUCAGGCCUGUAAGUAGGCGUGGAAUGUCCUGCAGAGUCUUGACGUCAACACCGAGGUCUUGCAGUUGCGCCCUGAAUUCAGACAUGUCUGGAGGAUAGCCUAAGUUAG